CUUUUAACAUUUAAAGACGCUGCCGCAAUGCGUUGGCUUCUAAAUUCGUGGCUGUUGCUACUGUCAGCCCUUUUGGGCCAAUCAUGGGGCUAUUCCUACCUGAUGAUCAGCCCCACUUCAUCGAAAUCGCACUACGCCGUCGGCUUUGCAUUGGCCAAAAGAUUAGCUGCCGCCGGUCAUGAAGUCACUUUGAUAUCACCAUUUCCCCAAAAGAAGCCCAUUAAGAACAUCAUUGAUGUGGACACGCCGAAUAUUAUCACCGUGAUGGGGGUUUACAAAGCGCGAAUUCUGCAGAAUGCCAAGAAGCCGGUUAUACUGCGAUAUCCAAUAAUAAGCUUAAUGGGCUUGGAUUUAACAGAAGCCCUUUUAAAGGAGCCGAGUGUACAGGAAUUAUUAAAACAAAAUCGCACCUUCGAUGGAGUUAUCUGCGAAACCUUCAUGAACGACGCCCAUUACGGUUUUGCAGAACAUUUCGGAGCUCCAUUGAUCGCCCUGAGCAGCUUGGGCGCCACUGGUUGGACCUCUGAUCUGGUGGGCACACCAUCACCACCAUCCUAUGUCCCGCACUGCUUACUGCGGUUCGGUGAUCGCAUGAAUUUCUGGGAACGUGCUCAGAAUUUGGGUUUCCAGAUAUACGAAUUCAUCUACGAGAAUUUGAUCAAUCUGCCAAGACAUGAAGCGCUGUACAGAAAGUACUUCCCCAAUAACAAAAAGGACUUUUAUGAAAUGCGCAAGGAUACGUCAUUGGUGCUGCUGAACAAUCAUGUAUCGAUCAGCAAUCCAAGGCCCUAUUCUCCGAACAUGAUCGAAGUGGGCGGAAUGCAUGUGAAUCGAAAGGCUCCAAAGCCACUGCCCCAGAAUAUUCGCAAAUUCAUCGAGGAAGCCGAGCAUGGGGUUAUCUAUUUUUCAUUGGGCUCCAAUCUAAACAGCAAAGACUUACCGAAGAAAAAGCGAAAGGCCAUUGUGGAUACGCUAAGGAGUCUCAAGUACCGAGUUAUUUGGAAGUACGAGGCGGAAACCUUUGCUGACAAGCCGGAAAAUGUACUCAUAUCUAAGUGGUUGCCGCAGGACGAUAUCCUGGCACACGAAAAAGUGAUUGCCUUCAUAACCCAUGGAGGACUUUUGAGCACAAUGGAAUCGAUUUACCAUGGAAAGCCCGUCGUGGGUAUUCCCUUCUUUGGCGAUCAGUUCAUGAAUAUGGCCAGAGCCGAGCAAAUGGGCUAUGGCAUCACCGUGAAGUAUGCCGAACUAACGGCCUCGAAGUUACGAUCUGCCAUCGACAGGAUUACUGGUGAUCCUGUCUACACGGAAAGGGUGAAGGCGAUAUCCAAUCAAUAUCGCGAUCAAAAGGAGACGCCACUGGAGCGCGCGGUUUACUGGGUGGAGCAUGUGACUCGGCAGAAAGGAGCCAAAUAUCUGAGGAGUGCCAGUCAGGAUCUGAACUUCAUUCAAUACCACAAUCUUGAUGUUCUGGCGGCGUUCGUUUCGGUUAUUGGAUUGACUGUUAUUUUCGUCUUUCUAUUGGUUCGGUUUUUGUUUAUUUAUAUAAGAGGCAGUCUCUUAAAAUCCAAGAGCUCAAAGCUGAAAGUUAACUAGUUUAUAAUUAAAUAUUUUAUUGUAUG